CCGCUUAUGCAACACAUCAUCGAAAACCAUCCGGACAUGGCAACGGCGCUGCUGGCUGGGGAGAAACUCAAGGAGCUGAUCCUGCCUGGGCAGCAGGACGACAAGGCGGGCUCGCUGGCGGCUCUGCUGCUGCAGCUGAAACUCGAACUGCCCUUCGACCGCGUGGUCACCAUCGGCACUGUCCUCAUCCCGAUCCUGCUGGUCACGCUGGUUUUCACCAAGAACUUUGCCGAGGAGCCAAUAUACUGUUACACACCACACAACUUCACCCGUGACCAAGCCUUGUAUGCCAGAGGAUAUUGUUGGACAGAACUAAGGGAUGCCUUGCCAGGAGUAAAUGCCAGCCACUGGCCCUCCUUGUUUGAGCAUAAGUUCCUUCCAUAUGCCCUGCUGGCUUUUGCUGGCAUUAUGUACAUUCCAGCACUUGGCUGGGAAUUCCUGGCCUCCACCAGACUGACUUCUGAACUUAACUUUUUGCUCCAGGAGAUAGAUAACUGCUACCACCGAGCAGCUGAAGGCCGUGCGCCAAAAAUUGAAAAACAAAUCCAGUCCAAAGGCCCUGGGAUUACUGAACGAGAGAAAAGAGAAAUCAUUGAGAAUGCUGAGAAAGAAAAGAGCCCAGAGCAAAAUUUGUUUGAAAAAUACCUGGAACGGAGAGGGCGCAGUAAUUUCUUAGCCAAACUUUAUCUUGCACGACAUCUAUUCAUCAUCUUUUUAAGCAUCAUCCCAGUCACAUACUUGUCUACCUAUUAUGCUACGCAGAAACAGAAUGAGUUUACGUGUGCUCUUGGAGAACCUCCUGAUAAAACGAGCAAUUCUAAGUUGCUAAUCCGUGUGAACUGCAAACUGCCUUCGGUUCAACUGCAGCGCAUAAUCGCUGCGGUAGACAUUGUCCUUCUUUGCUUCAUGAACUUGAUUAUUCUCAUCAAUUUAAUUCACCUGUUUAUAUUCCGCAAAUCCAACUUCAUAUUUGACAAGCUGAACAAGGUCGGCAUAAAGACUAAAAAGCAGUGGCAAAAGUCACAGUUCUGUGACAUCAAUAUCUUGGCCAUGUUUUGCAAUGAAAAUCGGGACCACAUCAAGUCACUGAACCGCUUGGAUUUCAUUACCAAUGAAAGUGAUCUCAUGUACGACAAUGUGGUGCGCCAGCUACUUGCGGCACUAGCCCAGUCUAAUCAUGAUGUCACUCCAACUGUUCGUGAUUCUGGAAUACAAACCAUAGACCCCAGUAUUGACCCUGCAGAUAUGGACUCUAAUGAGCCACUGAUCAUUAAGCGACCUCGAAAAAAAAUGAAAUGGAUCCCAAGUAGUAAUCCACUUCCUCAGCCAUUCAAAGAGCCGUUGGCUAUUAUGAAGAUUGAAAAUAACAAGCCUGAAAAGCCAAAACCGGUGCGUCGGAAAACAGCAACGGAUAGCCUGAUUGCCCCUUUGCUCGAGUGCAACUCAAAAACCUCCCAGUCAUCUUCAUCUCACAAAAAUGAAUCUAGCACCCUGUCCAGCACAGGAGGUGAGAAGAAGCAUACACGCCACUUUUCUUUAGAUGUUCAUCCAUAUAUACUUAGCAGUAAGAAACCCAAGCCAGAGAUUCAACCGAUUACCUCUAUGGCAACGUCCAAAAGCCAAGAAAGUGGAUUUUUAAGCCAAGAAGAAAAAGUCAUAGUGCACGUCACUUCUUCUCUCAAAGGUUCUUCCCUUCCUGGAAAAGAUACCCUUUACUCGCAUGCCACGUGCAGGACUGUGUCUGCCACUGGGGCUUUUCUCACCUGUAAUCACAACCAUAUAGCAACUUCUGGCCCCGCAGCAAAUGUCACCCUGCCACAGGUCAGCAAGGCAGAGCCAGUAUCUGCCCUGAACUGUAACCCUGCACAUCCUCUUCUGCACAUCAAUACACUGUAUGAAGACCAUGAAGAAGAGGUGUCAGAGCUUAUAGAGGAUUCUUUAGAUAAUAGGAUUAACUCGCCAACAGAAACUGGAGAUAUAAUCUCCAUGCCUUCCACAAAGCAAAUCAUGUUGGCGACUUUCGAUGAACCAUUAGCAAUAGUGAACUCUGUAGAAUAUUGA